AUGCUCGGCAGGCUGCUCCUCACACUCGACGCGAUCGCCCUCCUGCUCGGCGCUCCCAUCGCCGACUACAACCACACCCACAUUUUCAAUCCGCGCUGGCCGCCGCAUGCAAAAUUCCACUGCGCCCAAACAAUCACCCUCUCGGUCGCCCUCAGCCUGGCCACGCUGUACCACACCUGGCGCCCGUCCUUCCUCCCGCCAUCGACGCCUCCAGCUCUCGCCAAGCAGCGUGCCCAAGACUCACUGGGCGCGGCUGUCUUCACCGGUACGAUAUACUGGCUGGCCGGGCUCGCGUCCAUCCUCUACCCCGGCACGGAGGGGAUCGAUCCGGAAUUUGGCCCGCCUGGCUUCCCGCAGGCGCCGCUCUUUAUUGUGUUUGCAAGUUUGGCUGUGCUCGGAUGGCUGCUGGAGCGGCGGGCCUAA